AUGGGGCGUCUCCGCUCCCCACUGGCCCUAGCACUGCUGGCGAUGACCCUGCUGCAGGGGUGCGGCCAGCCCAGGAUCUCCGGCCGGAUUGUGGGGGGUGGAGAUGCCCCAAGGGGCCGGUGGCCGUGGCAGGUCAGCAUCCAGCACAAUGGACACCACUUCUGUGGUGGGUCCCUCGUCUCAGCCCAGUGGGUUGUGUCAGCAGCUCACUGCUUCCAAUUAUCUGACCUUGUCUCUUCCUAUCGUGUGAACUUGGGGGAGUACCAGCUCUCCUAUCCCUCCCGGUGCCGGAUCUCAUCCCCCGUGAGCCAGAUCUUUGUCCAUCCCAACUACAGCAGCACGUGGAAGUCUGCCGACAUCGCCCUACUGCAGCUGACAGAGCCAGUGCGAUACACCAAUGAAAUUCUCCCCGUCUGCUUGCCGGGCCCCUCCGACUCCUUCCCUGACAACCACGUGUGCUGGGUCACUGGUUGGGGAAGAAUAGACUCUGAGGUCUCUCUUCCACCCCCUAAGACACUGCAGGAGGUUCAGGUCCAGCUGAUCGACACUGCAGCCUGCAACACCCUCUACAACAUCAACCCAGCCCCGAACAUCGGCAGGGAUCGCGUCAAACCUGAUAUGAUCUGUGCCGGCUACGCUGAAGGGCAGAGGGACUCCUGCCAGGGUGAUUCUGGGGGGCCGCUGGCAUGUGACCACAAUGGGACCUGGUUCCUGAUGGGCAUCGUGAGUUGGGGGGAAGGCUGUGGCCAGCCCAAUCAUCCUGGUGUCUAUGUCCGGACGGUGGCCUAUGACGAAUGGAUAUGGGAGCACAUUGGCUCCGGGAGCCAAGCCAGCACCAUGGGGAACUGCACCUCAGGGACAAAUGAUGCCAGACCCUCCUUCAGCAGCUUCAUGCUUCUCUUCAUCACCACUCUCCUGAUGUCACUGUAA